GUUACAAUUUUAUCUCGAGAAACGAAAUCCCCCUGGAGCUCGCUCUCCCUCGUUCGCGAAGCCCGGCCCCUCGCGAUUUCCGUCUUCCCUUCUCUUCCCCCUUUCGCUUUUCCCUCUAUUCUUCGAUUCCGAUAUCCUUCGGCCGCUUGGCGAGAUACUGGUCGACUUUUUUUCGAUCUUUUCUUCGGUUUCUGAUCCCAAGGCGAGCCUUCUCUGCGGUGAGGCCGGAUUACGGCAAGUACCGCAAGAUUUCGUUCUGUUUUGCGGCGGAGCCAUCCGGACAUAUUGUUUCUUUGACGAGGUUUGUGCUGGGGUUUUUAUUCGCGUUUUGGAUUUUCGAUCCAGAUUUUGGAAUUAGGGUUUUGAGGUUUGGACUUUCGUGCAACAUGCCGCGGAGCUCCGGUCAUAGAUCGCACAGAGACCACAAGUACGGCGAGCGGUCGGAUUCCGAGGAGGGUAGGAACUCGAGGGACUGCAAGGAGAGGGUUGAAGAGCGGGGCGGUGGUUCUAGGUUUUCGAGGGAUCAGGAAUCUGAGAAGCGGAAGUCCUCUUCUUUGCCGCAGUCAUCUCAGGGGAAGGAUCCGAGCGGUGCUGGUAAUGGCAAUGUGUCUGUGGAGCAUGGUAGGAAGAGGAAAGAUAGGGCAGAAGAUUUGGCAGCGAGUGAUCGGUGGAAGGGCGAUCGAGGCAAUGAUGGCGUGGCCGAUUCGGGGCCUAAAGGUGAGAACAUUGGGCCUUCAGAACCGAAGAAGGCCGCAAAAUCGAAGCUUUCGGCUGUUGAUUCGAGGGAAAGGUCAAGCAGAAGGCGUGAGGGUUAUACUGAAAGGUACGAGGACAGUAGCAGUAAGGUUGAGUCGACGAAGCGGCGAUCGGAGAAGGAUUUGAGCCGUGAUGUGAGCCUUAGAGAAAGCAGUAGCCAGCACAAAGAUGCAAAGGAGAAGGGGAGGGAGCGUGGAUUAGAGAGGGAUAAGAAGGUCCAUGAAUCCAGGCACGGGAGGUCCGACGAUGCGGGGACUCGGAACCAAGGUGCUAAAACAGGCUCCUCUGAAGAGGAGAGAGUAAUGAAGAAGGAUAAGGAAAUUACUGAAUGGCAAGUACAAGGUGAAUUGCGUAAUGUUGAGCUAGAGAAGGAGCUUGAAAAACGUAUUAGGAGGAGGGGAGAUGGCUCUGGUGAUAGAGAUAUAUGGCAGGGUGAUGGUAGAGAUAGUGAUAAUAGGCGAUUAUCUUCAAGAGAUGAUCGCCCCAAAAAUGAAAGCUAUAAAGAUGAGAGGCACAGGGAUGAAAAGCAUAAAGAUGGAAGGUAUAAAGGUAAAUACAGGGAGGAUCUUGACAGGGAUCAAAGGCAUCGAGAUGAUGGACACCAAGAUGAGCACUCCUCAAGGGAUCGUACUAGUGACAGAUCUGACAGUAAGCAUCAUAGGGAUGAAAAUAGGACUUCAGAGAGUCGCUAUAAGGAAAGUAGGCUUCAGGAUAGUGAUCAUGGUGGUUCUUAUGUUGAGGAUUAUAGCAGCAGACAUAAAGAUUCAUGGGGAAGAAAAAGGUCAUUUGACGAAAAUGAUGCUUAUGGUGACUUGAGGCCUCGAAGUACAAACAAGAUUGAUUCCAAUCGGAGCAAUAAGCGGCCAAAGAGUUCUUCCGGCUCCAGUGUUCAUGCCAUUAAGGAUCAGAGCAGGCGUAGCUCAAGGCAAGCGGAGCCUACACACCAAGGCUUGCUGUUGGGAGAGAGAGAUCGCCCUAGUGCACCUUCCAUGGGAGAUCUUGCUGGUGUUUCAAGAGGUUGUGAUAGAACUUCUGAUUCCCGGACUUUGGAGAAGGCCAAAAUGAAGGUUCACAUGAAUUCAGGUGACUAUCUGGUUGAAACAGCUUCACAACAUGAUAAGAUCCGACGAUCAGAUGGUCAAACCCAAUCAAUUCGGUUAACAGAAAUAUCGCAGUCCACAAAUGAUCAAUUUUUAUAUAGAAGCGGCACAAGGCAUAGUCUUGAUAUUGAAGACGUGGCCAAAAAAUGCAGUUCUUACAUGGAUAAAAAAGAUUAUUCUACUGUAGAUGGCAGAGAGCGAGAGUUACCAUUGAAGAACCUUAUUAUGGAUAACUAUUCUCGGACAGAGAGCAACGAACAUGUUCCUCUUGGUCCAUCUUUCAACCGAAAUGGCCAUUUCCCUGAAAGUUCACCAGUUCAUUAUCCACCUCCGCCACCUGUCAGGAAUGGAGUUGACAGUCCUUUAGUUUUCGGUUCAUAUAAAGAUGACAAUAGAUUUCAUAUCGAGGAACGUAAAUCUAGCAGCCAUUACAGAAGAAAUAGUGAUCUCAUUACUGGGAAAGGACAUGGAAAUGCUUGGAAUGGUGCCCCAACUUGGCCAUCUCCAGUUGCUAAUGGUUUCAUACCUUUCCAGCAUGGGCUGAUGCCUCCUGGAUUUCCUUCAGCUAUGCAGCAAUUUCCUCCUGCAUCUCUAUAUGGAAUGAGACCGCCUAUGGAUGUGACCCAUGAUGGUGUUUCUUAUCACAUGCAUGGAGCAGCUGGUCAUGUCCGCCCAUUCGGGUGGCACAAUCCAAUGGAGGAUCCAUGUCCUCAAUUGCAAGGGUGGGAUGGAAGCACUGGUGUACUUGGUGAUGAUUCCCAUGUCCAUGGUAGACCAGAAUGGGAUAAUCAGAAUAGAUAUCUAAUGGGCAGCAGAGGGUGGGGGAUGAGUGCUGGUAUGUGGAAGGGACAAAAUGGAAAUUUGAAUAUUGAGAUUCCUCAGCCUCAGAAGGAGCCAGAUUAUUUAAGUCAUUCACUGCCAGAUGAAGGUUGGACUAGGCAAUCUGGCAACCAGUCUCGCAGUGAACAGGUCCUCUCAGAAAGUAAUGAAAUCAAGCGAUCUAAUGAUGCACCUCCUGCUAAGAAUGCUGCUGAAGUGCCUCCAAAAUCUAUAUAUGAAAAGACUCCCAUUCCUUCUAAGAUAGCAGGAGAUGAUUGCUCCCGUUUUUGCUGUAAUUACCUUUCUAAGCUUGAUAUCUCAGUUGACCUUGCCUCCGCAGAGUUGUAUAAACAAUGCUUAACGCUAUUGGGAACUAGUGACAAUGGUGUAUGUAAUAUUUCAAAGCAUGGAUACCAUCAGAACAUUAAUGAUGAGAAUAAAGUGGUAAAGAAGAGCCCAAAUAACAUCUUAAGUUCUCUGUUUCCUGCAAAUACAGAGGCUGUUUUUCAGAGAGCCAUGUCAUUGUAUAAGAAGCAGCGUGAAAUAGCAAGAGAAAUGUUCCCUGUUGUAACUGUAACCGACUCCUCAAGAGGAGAAAAAGAUUCUCCAGAAGCUUCUGAUGCAGAUAAAGUGAAGGUGGUUGAUGAUCAGCUCCCUGAAGAAUUGUCGUUGGCAAAUGCUAAUUCCUGUAAGAGCACAGAAGAAGGAAGCAAUUUUAUUACUGAAGCCAAAGAUAAUGUUCCCGGUGAUGCCGAGCAACAGCAGGACACUAAUGCCGAUGCACAAGGUGAUCUUUCUGGUGAUGCAAAACAACGACAUUCUGAUGUCAUUUCUGAUGCUGUUGUUUUUGGUGAGGGUUCACAGGCAUGCGAUGUUGUAAUGCCAGAGUGUAGGGUAAAUUUAAACCGGAUACCUAUUUCUCCUGGAAGUACACAUUGAAACAAUUUCUGUUCCAUUCUUUUUCUGCAAUGCCAUGUCCAAUGUGGAUCAUGGUGCUCA